CAGAGCCAGAGCCCGUAUUUUUGAUAGGCUACAAGCCAUACACUAGGCUACUAGAACUCGCUGAGUAUUUAUACGCAUAUUUUAUACAUUAUGAUGUACACCUAGACCUACUUGUUUGUAAGAUAUUGAUAAUUAACGCAUUGUGUACGUGACACUGGUUAGUUCGCGGCGUUGACUGACGUUACGUUAACUUAAAUGUAGACAUAAUUAUGCUAAACUAAAGUAGGCCUAUCUUUGCUAUAACUUUUCACCCUUUUACAACAGUAAUCUAGAGCGGAGCUCUGUUCUAGAUUAUUUGACCGUAACCCCCAAUUUUGGAAAUUUCACCUCUUGUGCUACCUAGCAACGUCAACGAGUGAAAUGUGUUCAGGACCAAUCUAUGGGACCAAUAACGUUACAUAGCAACUGAACUGAGGUUUUGCUAACUUUAAAACUAUAUUUUCACCCGACUGCUGAGGCAGGCCAACGAUGAUUACAGAUAACAGAGAAAUGGACCCAUCUGACUCGCAAUUUAGCCUAAAUUUGGAAGAUGAGUCUGCAAUUAAUACACCAACGACGAAAAACGACGUUAACGUCAUACCUGUUGGCGUGAAAUCAACUGUUCGGUCUGCGGUUGUGAAAGAGGAAGAAUUACAUAAACUGGAAUUAGCUCAACCAAAUUCUCUGACAGAAAAUACACUGAAGCAAACGCGAUGGGCUGUGAAGUGCUUAAAAGAUUGGUUGGAACAACAAGAAAUGAAAGUGGACUUUGUAAAUAUUUCGAAGGAGCAACUUAAUCUAAUAUUACGUCAGUUUUAUGCGUCUGUUCUUAAUUUAAACGGUGAAUCCUACAGCAUUAGCAGCUACUUGGGACUACGCUCAGGAGUCUACAGGUAUCUUAAUGACCCUCCACUGAACCGAUCCUGGAAUAUGACAGACCCCGAGUUCAGGUCUUCAAACAAUGUGUUUAUCGGACUCAUAAAAACAAUGAAACGGAAUGCUAAAGACAAGAUCAGCCACCCUACGUCAAUCUCUCCAUCAGAUUUGAAAAUCAUCCGUGAAUCUCAUGCAUGUAACCCCAGCCAUCCAAGAGGCCUCCUAAAUAAAGUGUGGUUUGAUAUUCAACUUCAUUUCGGAUGGUUAGGUAAAAAGGGUAACAGAAUGUUAACGGAAAAAUCAUUUGCAUUUAAUACCGACGAAAUAGGAAGGAAAUACUGCACUCUGGCAUUCAAUUUUAUAACGAAAAACCAUAAAGACAUAAAGGACAGUGAGAACAACCGUCGGCGUAUGUUUGCCAGGCCAGGAGAUCCACUGUGCCCAGUGGCAUCGUUAGAGAAAUACAUCCGCAAGAUGCCACCAAAUUCACCAGCCUUUUUUUUGAAUCCCCAGAAGAAUGUCUUUGAAGUAGACCCAGUGUGGUACAGCACAAUUGCCCUUGGGGUCAAUCAAAUCGCCUCAGUGCUAUCACGGAUAUGCCGAGAGGCUGGAAUUGAGCAGAUAUACACCAACUCUUGCUUGCGAAGGACAAAAGCUAACCUCCCGCCUGAUGUUGCUCCUCAAUCAUAUGAGAUCGUUUCUGUCAAUGGACACAGGUUCAUGGAUUUUCCUGGCCACUUCCUAGAGGUUUUUCAGGAGCUGAACAACCAGCGUGCCCAGAAUCGUCUGUGUGAUUGCAUCGUUGCCGUGGGGAACCGGUACUUCAGUGCACACCGCUCUGUCCUGGCGGCUAGCAGCUCCUACUUCCGUUCUCUUCUAUGCAACUCGGACACUAGUGUUGUCCAGCAGUAUGUUGUGGGCCCUGAUGGGAACAUGAGACUCCUGCAGCUGGACUCAGAGGUGGUGACCCCUGAGGCAAUCUCAGCACUGCUGGAUAUGAUGUACUCCUCCAAACUCUUGCUGGACAUGUCCCACAUCACAGACCUGCUGCUAGCUGCCUCAUACCUGCACCUUACUGCUGUAGUCAAAGUCUGCAAGGAAAAGGUCAAUUCAAACACUUUGCCCACGUCGAACUCCGGAGGUCACGCUGCCGCAUCGACACCCAGCCAUCAGGAACAUGAGGCCACUAAUGGCAGCAGUAAGGUUGAGCAGCGGGAGCCGACGCAGGCUUUUGUCAGACCUGGUCAGAAGCGGGCGGCCUGCGAACAGCAGUAUGGCCACAAAGGCCAUCGGCUCAAGUCGCCUGGAAAUAAAUGCCGGAAGUUUAAUAGUGGCUCUGAAAUCGUCAAGUCUGGGGCAGUGGUCUCUGCUGGUUCCUCUGAACCUAACUUUAGCCCGGCGUCAGAAAACGGCUCUGCCUGUUUAGAGGUGUAUGAGUUUGAGUAUGAGGUGCCGUCUGAGGCCAAUAGCCCUAAUCUUGAAAAAGGGUUGCAGACUGGGGAUGCUAAUGGAUUAAUCCUUAAAGUUGAAGAUGAGGAGCCAUCAAUUGUAGAGGUGAAAUACGAAAGCAACAUCUCACCAACAAGAUGGGAGGCAGCAGAGUCUGCUGUCCAGAUAGAUAUGAAGAAAAAGUUUAUGAACAGUGCAGUUACUGAAGGACCGUCGAAGACCACAGGCUGCAGUGAGGACCGACAGACUACCAGUCAGCUAACUGACAAAGUACUCCAUAGCAGACGUAACAUCACCAUCUAUGAGACAAAAGGGGCAUUGCAUGAACUCGGUGUAGGUCAAGGCCUGGGUGCUAACCAAAGCCUGGGCUUGACUCGGCCUAUCAUUCCUAAAGCCAGAAAGGUAGGUAGGAUCUCCAGGAUGGGUUCUGGUUCCAACUCAGUCACUGCUGUGAGAGAGGUCAGCAGGACCACACACAGUGCUGAACUGGCAGCUUCCACCUCAUCAAUCUCAGUGAAGCCUGCCUCAGUGGGGGCAGGAGAUGCUAUUAUCUUGCAGUUAGCAAAGGGAGGGUCAGGUGCUAUCCUGAGGGCUGUGGGGCAAAAUUCACACACUACUGUGCAAGCCCCUAUCAUGAACCCCCCCAGACAGCCCUCAAGACGGACUACCAGGGCAAUUAAGCCAAAACUACCAGGCUACUGACUCAUUGUUUAUUAGAAUUGUUACUUGCACAAACACUUUUGUGUUUCUGGAACUUAUAGGUUCCUGGGUGUGAAGACCCAGGUGGAGUGCAUGUGUUCUGAUCUUAAGCUAGAUAACUACUAUAAAAUGGGACAGACUUGUGCAAAGAUUAUGUUCCUACUGAUAUGUAUUUUUUUCCUUUGCAUUUAAUAGGGUGUACAGCUAGGUCCAGUGUAACCCAUGAAUACUAAACAAAGACCAGUCAUCAACAUAGUAAGGUAGGGUAGACUUCAACUCAGUUCUUGCCAACACAUAAUAUAAGCUAGACCAGGGACUGUUUCUCUACAUUGAUUGUCACCUCAUCUUGCUGCACUCAGGGGGCCUUCAGUGGUGAUAUUCCAGACCUAUCUGCAAUCUCUGCCCAUCUGACUAAGGAUUGCCCACACCCUCAGCUACACUGCAUGUCAUUUUGCCUUAGUAGAUUUAUGAUUUGGUUUAUGAAGUGCCAGUUUUGCUCUCAUAUCCAGAGUGAUUGUUGACAUGGCCUCAAUCAGAUCCUCUUCCUUGCUGUAACUCUCGUAGCUUGACAGCAGUGAGCAGGGAUUGUACCUCAGACUGCUGAAGGUCCCUUGAGACAUCACGGCACAUAUAAUUGACCGCUUAAAAAGAGAAGAGAGAUGAAAGACUGUGAUGAGUGGCAUCAUUUCAUUCGUUCAAAUGAUUUGAUUCUAGAAAGGCAGGUGAACUGUGUACCAUGCAUAGUGCUGGGAAGUGCAGGGCCAGUGUCCUAAUGUAGUGGGGUGAGUUUGUAGUUAGAUGUGGUUUGUAGUUAUAUUGGCAUGCUUGUAGAAUGCUUACAAAAGGAUGAUGAAGUCAUUAAAGCAGUGAGUAAUUAUCUCCAUAUGUUCGUGUUACUGUAGGUAGAGGAUAGGUUUUGAAUGUAAUGUUGUUUUGUUUAAGCUUACUUUUUCUUAGCUUUUUUUGUAUCCAGUUUAAAGUUGGACAUUAAUACUAAGGAACUCAUUGAUGAGUGUGUUAUACUGUUUUUUUUAUCUCCACUCUAUGUUGUUCUUGAGGAUAUCCUGUUAUUUGAUCUGAUACAUUUCUGUUUGACAUCACAAAACAGUACAAAUGUCUGUGGUGAACAGUUGGCAGAAAUCCUGCACUUGCCUACUUGCUCUUUCAAAAGGACUUCCAAAUGUUUGGCCACAUGAACCUUUGCUGAAGUAAACACAGACCUUUUUGUGGCAUGUAGACUGAUGGGAACUCAAGUCAGUGAAGUGGCGUCCUCACCUUAGUCAGUUUAUUAACAGAAAGGAUGGUGUUGCUUAAGGAGAUAACUAGGCCUACAUUCCAUUUGAUAUGAGUUGUAUUUUAAGGUGAAUUUUGAGUGUCUGUUUAAGUGUACUGCCUGUAUUGCCUUAAAUAUUAGUAGUGAUAACAGAUAAAUAAUCCACGUAUUACAAGUAUUAAAGUAUUUUCACAAGCUUGUUUUAAGUUCACUGAGGUGUUUAAAACACAAAAUAUGGUGCUUUUGAAAUCUGGUUUCAAGGUAAAACUUAAUCCCUUAAUCCCUCGUUGACUCUAGACUGCAUCUCAAUUGAGAUUGAGAGUUGGUCUGGAAAGGAGUUUUACAAGACCAAGACCUCCAUAUUGUGGGGAAAGUCCAUACAAGUCGAUUUACCGAAUGCAAUGCAAAAGGAAGGAGUCCAUCGAAGCUUAGUUCCAAAAAAUCACGUAUACUUUGCUGUUUGUGGCAGUUUGGUCAAAUAUCAGUUAAUAAUAGUUUGUAAAAACGUUGUCCCAUACAACAACAAACUUUCCUCCUUGAGCUGAACUCAAAUUACUCCAGAAUUUCGCUUUAAAGACAUAAGAUAAGAUUCCCUACCCGCAGCAUCAAGAACAGUAUCAAUCCAGUCAGAGA